GUCCUGGCGGUGUAAGCGGAGAACUGCUUCUGGAAAAAACAACAUCUAGCAAGCGGAGCUGCUAGAUGUUGUUUGUUAGCAACUAUAGAUAUUAAAGUAGCACUGGAUUUCACCGCAGCCCAUCAGACGUAGUUCCUUAUUAAGCCCAUGGCGAUGAGAGAGGCAAUGGUCCAUGAAGAGUUUUGGAUACACAGAGAGUGGCUCGUCCACCACGGUCAUCACCAGGCACUGGAGUACAGAUAACACCUCCAAAGUGGUGUGUGUUUUGGGGGCGGCGGGGGUGCAAAAGGUGACGGUAGAGUAUUCCAGAGAGACACUGGUUGGAGACAGCAGCUUCUGUAAGAUAAACCAUGAUCCCCAUCACUGAGCUGCGGUACUUUGUGGACACACAGCCGGCAUACCGCAUCCUGAAACCAUGGUGGGAUGUGUUCACCGACUACAUCUCCAUUGUUAUGCUCAUGAUUUCAGUGUUCGGGGGGACACUGCAGGUCACUCAGGACAAGAUGAUCUGCCUGCCCUGCAAAUGGGUGGUCAAUGAGACCUGCAAAAAGAACUUCAACGCCACCCUCUCUGCAUCGUUGUUCUUGGAACCCAGAGGGAUCCAGUACGAUCUGGACCGCCACCAGUACAACUAUGUGGAUGCGGUGUGCUACGAGAAUAGAUUGCACUGGUUUGCCAAGUAUUUCCCUUAUCUAGUAUUACUUCACACCCUUAUUUUCUUAGCCUGCAGCAACUUUUGGUUUAAGUUCCCACGGACUAGUUCCAAACUAGAGCACUUUGUAUCCAUCUUGCUGAAGUGCUUUGACUCCCCAUGGACAACUAGGGCACUGUCAGAGACAGUGGUUGAAGAGAGUGACCCAAAACCAAUGAAAAUGAACGGCUCGAUGGACCACAAGGAGUCUGUUAUCAGUGAGGAUGUCGAAGCAAGUGUUCCCAUGCUGCAAAGGACAAAGACACGCUUUGAGCAGGGCAUUGUAGAUAGAACAGAAACUGGGGUGUUGGACAAGAAAGAGGGCGAACAGGCAAAAGCCCUGUUUGAAAAAGUCAAAAAGUUCCGUAUACACGUCGAAGAAGGAGACAUUGUGUACAGGCUGUACAUCCGUCAGACUAUCAUCAAAGUCAUCAAGUUCAUUUUGAUAAUCUGCUACACAGGGUAUUACGUGCAUGAUAUUAAAUUCAGUGUUGACUGUUCGGUGAAUAUAGAAAGCCUGACAGGAUACAGCGUGUACCGUUGUGCUCACCCAUUGGCUACCCUUUUUAAAAUCCUAGCCUGUUUCUACAUUAGCUUAGUGGUGGUGUAUGGUUUGAUUUGCAUGUACACACUUUGCUGGAUGCUUCGGCGCUCUCUGAAGAAGUACUCCUUUGAGUCGAUUCGGGAAGAGAGCAGCUACAGCGACAUACCCGAUGUGAAGAAUGACUUUGCGUUCAUGAUGCACAUGAUAGAUCAGUAUGACCCUCUGUACUCGAAGCGCUUCGCCGUGUUCCUCUCAGAAGUGAGUGAAAACAAGCUGAGGCAGCUCAACCUCAACAACGAGUGGACACUGGACAAGCUCAGGCAGAGGAUUACCAAGAACUCUCAGGAGAAGCUUGAGUUGCACCUUUUCAUGCUGAGCGGCAUCCCAGACACAGUAUUUGACCUGAUGGAGCUGGAGGUUCUGAAGCUGGAGCUGAUCCCUGAUGUCACCAUCCCGCCCAUCAUCGCUCAGCUGGUCAACCUGCGAGAGAUGUGGCUUUACCACACACCAGCCAAAAUCGAAGCUCCUGCUUUGGCGUUUUUGCGUGAGAACUUGAAGUCCCUGCACAUCAAGUUCACUGACAUCAAAGAGAUUCCCUUAUGGAUUUACAGUCUGAAGAAUCUCAGCGAGCUUCAUCUGACAGGGAAUCUCAGUGCGGAGAACAACCGUUACAUUGUCAUCGAUGGACUCCGGGAGCUCAAGAGGCUCAAAGUUCUUCGUCUGAAGAGCAAUCUCACCAAGCUACCUCAGGUGGUGACUGAUGUGGGCAUGCACCUCCAGAAGCUCUCCAUCAAUAACGAAGGCACCAAGCUCAUGGUGCUCAACAGCCUAAAGAAGAUGGUGAACCUAACAGAACUGGAGCUCAUUCGCUGUGAUCUCGAACGCAUACCGCACUCAAUCUUCAGCUUGCACAACUUGCAGGAGAUUGAUCUGAAGGACAACAACCUGAAGACCAUUGAGGAGAUCAUCAGCUUCCAGCACCUUCAUCGGCUUGUCUGCCUUAAGCUCUGGUACAACCAGAUCGCCUAUAUUCCCAUCCAGAUUGGCACGCUGACCAACCUGGAGAAACUUUACCUGAACAGAAACAAGAUCGAGAAGAUCCCCAGCCAGUUGUUUUAUUGCCGCAAGCUGCGUUUCCUGGACCUGAGCCAUAACAACCUCACCUACAUCCCCACAGACAUUGGCUUCCUCCAGAAUCUUCAGUAUCUGGCAGUUACAGCCAACAGGAUUGAGAGCCUGCCUAAUGAGCUGUUCCAGUGCAAGAAGCUUCGCACUUUGAACUUGGGGAACAAUUGCCUGCAGUCUCUGCCGUCGCGGUUUGGAGAGCUGACUGGGCUGACACAGCUAGAGCUGAGAGGAAACCGUCUGGAGGGUCUUCCCGUGGAGCUGGGCGAGUGCCGACAGCUAAAGAGGACCGGCCUUGUGGUGGAGGAGGACCUUUUCAACACCCUGCCCACGGAGGUCAAGGAACAGUUAUGGAAAGUUGACAAAGAACAGGCUUGAAGAGGUGUGUGGCCGUGAGUGAAAACAGAUACUGAGCAUUUGGGCCCGGGCGUAGAGGAGGAACGCCUCUGCUGUCCCAGAGGGCUUGUUGAAGCAGGCAGUAGUCCUGCUGCAGUGUACUGCCAGUAAGGUUGGGUAUCGAGAAUUAGAGACACUUGGGCAGGGAGUACUGAUAGCUUCCUGUUGUUCUAUAAAUUCUUACCUGCAGUUGAUUUUCCUUCCUUUACAAACAACUUCUCAGGCCUUCCCAUGAUGCUUUUCAGCAGUAAUGUGGCAGGGACAGUGUGAUCUGCAGGGUGUGUUUACAUGUUAUGCUUCUCAGUUAUCUCAGUAUUCAAAACUGUCGGCAACCUUGUUAAAUACAGAAAAAGAACUUAAAGUUUCCACUGUUCACAUUUACAGUAACAUAAAAUUCUUGUCUAAUCAAGAUAGAAUAAAUGAUGAAAUUAAUCUGUCCAGUAUUGAUAGUUUUACAGAUGAGAUAGCAACGUGAUCACUCAGACAUCUGCCUCUUAAUUUGUGUGUAUGGGUUGUCAAAUCCCAAACUCCCAAUGCUAUCAUAAAAUGAAAAGUAAUUAAUCAUGAAAUUACGACAAGCGAGAUGCUUUAAUUCUGGUUGUUUUCUAAGUAAAAAUUAUGCACAUCUUUACUCACAGUAUUUGACAAGUCGUCUAAUUAAAUCACCAAAUAUUAUAUUUGUACAUAGACGAAGUUCCUGAAAUUCCUGGAAAAGUUAUGAAAUUAGAAAAACUGUUUUCUAACCCUGAAAAUUAUUUGGAUUUAGCAGAAUGAUUUGGAAACAUUUUGAUUAUUCAUGGUUUUCAGCUAUUGUUGAAAAUGUGUCUAGGUUUUGUAUUACUAUUUUAAGCUCUAGAUCCGCACUGCAUGACCGUUGAAACAUUACUUAUAUCACGUGAUACACAUUUGCGUAUGCAGCUAGUUAGGGGCAGGAAUGUCUAACAUGCUAAUCCGCAAAUGCCUGGGAAGUGUGUUUUUAAUAAUGAAUGGCAUUUGGACGACAAAUAUAAUACAUGGUCUCGAGAGAGGCAGACCAUAGCCAUGCUGGUACGAAGGCUCUGCGCCAAAACGUCGGUAGCUAAAUUUAGUUGGAAGAACAUGAAGUGUGUGAUCUCUCCACAUUUUAGCCCUACUUUAAAUCGUUUGUGGUCAGAGAGGCGCCCAGGCAGGCUGUUACUAAUUUAGAUAAAGUUAUGGAAAUGUGGUAAAAUAUUAUGGAAAAGUUUUAAAAAUUCAUUCUUAGUAAUGUGGGAACCCAGUAACAGGAAAAGUAUACACAGUCAAGUCUGCAAUCCCAUAAGUCUGACCUAUUAACGUAAAUUGUAACCAUGGUGGUCAUUGUUUUUCUGCUGUUUUCCUGGCCCUCAUAUGUUCUCAGUCUGAAAUGAAUCGGAAAAUCAUGAGCGUAUGACAAGCAGUCACAAAUCAGGGAUAACUAAUGAUGAGUCAUAGCGAGAAAAGUUAUGGACUCUAAAACCCUUGUGUCUGAGAGAGUGUUGCAUAAGGUGGAAGGCAGAGAGUCAUCGAUGAGACUGUUGGUAUCGCAAGUGCUGUAGAGACAGAUGAGUUGUCUUCGGUUGGCCUGAGUCUUUGGUAGCAGCAGUACAACAUGUGGUAUUAGACUGGAGAGUGCAGACGAAACAUGGAGCCAGUUUGGCAGAGUGGAGGGACCGAUGGCCUCUUUCUGGGAAAAGAUGAGUAGUGUGUUUGACUCGGUGCUUGAGGACAGGCAAUUAUUUUGUUGAAUGCUAACCAGUCGACUGUUAUUCCAAAAUAUCACCCCCAUACAGUCGCACAAGUGGAGCAUGUUAUCAGCGAGCAGAUACCCAACCCUUACUGCCAGUAUGCUGUUCAGCGGGACUCUGGCAGAAUCUGCUUCAUGGUCAUGCUGCAUCCACGACGUUUGUAAUGAAUUGCACAGAACAAAAUGAACAAAUCUUGGGAAAAUGCUGAAAAGGUUUUGAAUUAAAUGAGUCAUGUCUGCAUCAAAAUAAAGUUUAUACAGGAUAACACAAUACUGUCAUCAAAAUGGAGCCUCAAAAUAUUAGUAAUAUAACUGACAUGAGUGUAGAUACUUACCUGAAACACUAGAUAAGUUUAUUACUUAUUUUGUGGUGGAUAUGAAGUAAGCACUGAUCUACUUGUGUACCCUGAUAGCUGUGUUUAUUGUCUGCAAAUGACACGUAAAAGAACCAGACAUGUCCUCAAGUAUGUUUGGUAACACUUUACUUGAAGGUAUCUACAUAAGAGUGAGAUGACACUGUCAUAGCUAUGACAUGACACUGUCAUGGACUUGUCAUAAACAUCAUGUAUAAAUGUUUAUGACUGCUGUCAUUAAGUGUCAUACGGUUUUUAUAAUGACAAGUUGACAUUGUUUGGGUUGUCUUGAUUAUGAAAACUUAAUUAACAUUAAUUAAAGUGACAUUACCUGAAGAUGUCUUUGUCAUGACAAUAAUAAUCAUUAUGUAAACUUGUCAUAAACACAAAAAGAGGUGCAUUUCUUGUUAAUGUCAAGUUGUUAUGACAAAGACAUCUUCUUGUAAUGUCAUCCUGGUUAAUGUCAAGUUGUCAUAAGGACAUCCCAAACAAAUUUAAUGUCAACUUGUCAUGACAAAGACAAUUUCUGGUAAUGUCACUUUAAUUAAUGUAAAGUUGUCAUAAUCAAGACAACAAUGUCAACUUGUCAUUACAAACACCCAGUGACAUUUAAUGACAGCAGUCAUAAACGUUUAUGACAUGUACAUAAUGUUCAUGACAUCAUGUCAUAGUUAUGACAGUGUCAUGUCACUCUUAUGUAGAUACCUUCAAGUAAAGUUUUACUGUAUGUUUUCAAACAACCUGGCCUUGUGUUCAUUUCAGUUUAUUAUAAUAUUGUAAGAUUAAUAUAAUGUUUCUACCUUCAUGGGGUAGGUAUUCUGUUUUAAUUUUAAUCUGUGCUGAACUGCAUUAGUGAAAAUACGGUGCAAUAUUCAGUGUAGAUGUUCACCUGUGUGUGAGACAACAGCCAUCUUUAACCUAAAACUACUUAAGUUGCUCUGUGGGGUUAUUAAAGUGAGAUUAAUAGGAGAUUUAAUCUGAGUUAUGUGAAAGAAUGCAAUACGGUCAAAAAUGGCCAUUUCUGACACUUUGUCGUAAUCGAAUCUGAAAGUUUAGGGCUUUAAAUAAAGAGAAAGCUACAUUUCAUUUAAUGUAAACUAAGAGAAAUUGUAAUCGACACUGGCAAGAAACAUAAGGAGACAUUUUUAAAAAAAAUAGCCAUGGUUUUCAGGUCACUUGCCUUAACUUCACUCCUUCUGUGUUAUGUACUGUUUGUUAUUUUUGUUGUGGCAUCCGCAGAGUUGAAAACACAUGAUCAAUUUCCUUGACCGUAGCUGCACUAGACAACCCUCCCCCAGACGGUAGUGGGAGUAAAACUGUUUGUUUUAUAUUUUGUUUUAAUUUCAUCACUUCCUGUGGACUUCUCACAAGUGACCGUACUUGACACCAGUUAUAAAUUUGGGCAAAUAAAAGCAGUCUCGACAUUUAGCAGAUUUAGAUUUUUAUUUUAUUCAUUAUUGAAGUGGCGCUCAUUUGGGGAAUAAAAGUGGACUUUGCUUUGGUUUCUUUAAAUGCUGUGUGAUGGAUUUUUUUGGUGCCAGAUACAUUGUGUUCUUGUGGAAACCCAUUCCUGUCAGGGAAAUAAAUAAAGAUUUUGCUUAACGUUAAAGUCAGAAUUACAAAGUAAUAUCUUAACAUUUCAAAACUCAAUUUCACAUUUGACGUGGAACCUUAAAAAUAUUUUUGUGUCACAUAAUUUUGACUUAGUGUCACAUUUCAUUCAUAAUUGAAGGAGAUGUUUAAAUUUGCAAUCUCAAUUUCUCACCAUUUUUUUUCCUGUCACAAAUGGGCCUCCAUACUUUUCAGUUCAGCUCAUUCAAUUGUACUUUAUUUCCCUGGUUUCAAAGUGUGUUAAUUUGUAGAGAAAUAUUAGUACUUUCUGCCUGACAGUGACUUUUCUGCACUUGUGUUUUGCCACAGUAAGCAGCAGCGCCACGCUCAAAAUAUGGAAUUCCA